ACAAACAAGCUGUUACAAAGAAUUAAAAGAUCGAAAAAAAGAGGGAAACAACUUUUCAUCUGUCACCACAAAUACGAGUAUAUAUUUCAAUGGAGAAACACUAUAUUCGCGUCAAUUACGAACUGCAGAAGGCCAAGCUGCUGACCUUCGGGGAGAUUCUCAAUCUGAGCAAUGCCUCGCCCAAGAUUUUGAAGAAGACCAUCAAGAUUUUGGCCAGGGAGCGGUUCAAGGUCAAGCCAAAGAAAUUGGAAAACGAGUUACAGUACUCGGCGAUCGGGCAAGGCAAUGAGUACAAAGUGCAAGAUGGUGAUGAAAAUGUUGAGGGCAUGUCCUUCGAGGAGCUGGUCAUUCGCACAGGAGUCCAUCCUUUGCACCUGGAGCGCAGCCUGUACAAAAUCGCUCUGCUCAGCUACAAAUACUUUGAGUUUAUGGAUUGAAUACUGAGCCUUGAAUGGACUAGAUGCUGAAUAAAUGCCACAUGCAAAGUGAAG